AUGCCGGGAUUCGGCUCGCUGGAUGAGAUGCGGAAGAAGGAGGAGGAGGAGGACAAGAAGAACACCGACAGCUAUGUGGGUGGAGACAAGAGCGGCCUGGCAGUCGAGCACCCGGACUCCAACAAGGACGCCUUUCAACGCAUGCAGCAGCUGGCUUCUGGCGGCGGCGCAUCCGGGCCGUUGCCGGAUGAUCACCGGGUAGUCACGGUCUAUCGCAAUGGCUUCACCGUGGGGGAUGGGCCCUUCCGGCCUUUGUCCGACCCCUUGAACAAGAAGUUCAUGGACGAGAUGGCGGCGGGGCGCUGCCCCGCGGAGUUGCAGGGCCCCGAGGGCUCCGAGCCGGUGCACGUGGCCGUACACGACAAGCGCGGGGAGGAGUACAAGGAGCCCCCGGCGCCUUCCUAUGUGAAGUUCUCGGGUGAGGGCAACACCCUGGGCGGCAGCUCCUCCUCCACUGCAGCGGUGGAGGCGGACAAGGGCACCAUGGCGGUGGAUGACGCUAAGCCCAAGACCAAGCUGCAAAUCCGCUUCCACGAUGGCACACGGAAGGCUCAAGAGUUCAACGAGGACCACACCGUGGGGGACCUGCAAGCAUUUUGCGCCCAGUGCGUGGGUGGCAUGGCCAUGACCAUCAUGGGAGGCUUCCCCCCAAAGCCCAUCACUGACAGCAGUCUCACGCUGAAAGCUGCUGGCUUGCUUAAUGCCGCGGUGACUGUGAAGCCUGUGGAGGCGCUUUGCAAGACCUUUGACAUCGAGGACCGCAUCAUGCGCCGGCUGAAUGACGUGAUGCUGACGCGAGAGGCGACCUUUGACACUGACAUGAAAGCCUUGUGGGAGGUCUGCGAGAAUGCGAAGAAGCCCUCGGGCUUUCUGAUGGUGAAAAUCGGGGAGCUGGAGCAGAAGUGA